CUCGAUUGCUGGUCCCACCGAGUUCGCUCGUGGCCGCACCGGACCAGGGAGAGCCGUUUGAGAGUGAACCCCAAACCCUAAAACGAAGCUCAAAGACGAGGGGAGAAGAAUCCCCGAAACUGCGACAGAUUGCGCUAACUCUCUCUCUCUCUCUCUCUCGAUUGAUUGAUUUGGGGGAGGCCUCAACGCUUACGUCCACGACGCGAGAUCUCUCUUGUUAUAGGGUUUCGAGGCCGUGAAUCGUGAUGGUGCGGCGGCCAUGACGACGCACGCUCAGGUGAAGAGGGACCUCCGGCCGGCCGGAUGCGGCGGAGACGGGUGUGGCGCUCGUGACCCCUGGCCGCUCCACCACGUCCGCCACCGCACCGUCUUCUGCCGCCUCUGCACCUCCUGCGUCCUCCGCUAUCACCCCGGCGCCUUCUGUACCUCCUGCUUCGAUCUCCUCCUCGACGGCGGUACAUCCCCUGUCGUGCGCUGCUCCGGUUGCCCCGCCGUCGCCCACUCCGCCUGCCUCCCGAAUCCCGCCGCAUCCUUCGUCUGCCCUAGCUGCUCCGACCUUGGUGGUUCCUCCUCCUACUUCUCGCUCGUGGCGGAGAAAUCAAUAGAUCUCAAGUCGGCUAAGGUGCUUCUGGCCGCCGCGAAACUGGCGGCUGUGUCCAUGGGCAGGGCGGCCGCGGCCACCAGGGCAGACGCCGAGAGGAAGGUCAGGGAGGCAGCGGUUGCGAGGAAGCGAGCGAGGGAAGCCCUCGAAAAGGUUCUUCUGUUGUCGCAGACCGAGAAGGAGAAGAAGAACAAGGAAACCGAUCAUGUUGCAGCACCGGAUCCCAGACCUGAAGUCAUGGACCCAAAGAAAAAGAUGCCGAAGUUGAGUAGCACAGUUGCAGCCAUGGUGGGACAGAAGAGAGUUCAAAACAGAGAGCGGGAUAGAUGGAUGAGGUUUCAGGAGCCUAUAGGGAUGGCGCAGACACCAGUUCAGGGCACCGUGGAAGCUACGAAUAAGGCGGAUCCAUUGAUAGGGGUGCAGAACCAUGUCAUGGACGAGGAGGCGAAGGGUAGGUUGACUAGUUUGGCUCAUGCCCCCAAUCCCAUGGGUCAAGUGGUGAGGGAUGAAACAGGAGUCCUCAAAGCUUCUCAAGGUGGGCUUGUUAAGGAAGAGGGAGUUGUUGGUACUUGCUGAUAGUGGCCUCAAGGAUACCUGAAUCAACUCAAGAUGCGUCAAUACUAGGACCAACCAGCUACCGAUGCUAGACCAUGGGUACCUCUGUUAUGAACGCAUGUGUCGGUUUAUGGGUUGUGUACUUUAGUUAAGCGCAUAAUGGUUGCUUGCGGUCAUUGGUAAUUGUUUGGGGCAUUUUGAAUGUACUCCAAGUUCUUUUAUUUUGUCAGUGAAAUGCCUUUAUUUUGUCUA